ACGACCUUGGCGGUAAAACAAUCUACUAUUUUCGACUGAAUUGUGGGUGUUGUUUGGGAUGUAUGACAGUGAAUGUAGCGUUCUUCCAGUACAAAUACACGUGUAAGAUGAACCUAAUUUCCGCAUGAAAUUAAUACGUUCUGGCAUUCGAAACUAGAAGUUGAUAAAGUAAAGUUUCAAUCGUUAUUUCAAACCUAAGACCUUUCCAGCCAACAAUAGGAAACUAAUCGUUACUUGGGAUUUCUGUUUGAGUUUUCCAGGGUAUGUCAUAAAUACGAAAGGAUACAGUUCUAUGAUUACAGAAGAUGCUUAUGAGUAAAGUGAUAUUUAUCUGGACAAGCUGUUGCGCGUUUCUGUUCUUGUUGAUUUUAAAACUUGAUGAAAUCGUUUCUUGGAAUUGGUUCAUCAUAUUCAUACCAAUGUGGUCUUUUGAUUUUAUGUUAUUCAUUACCUCAAUACUAUAUAUGUCACGAAAAUUUACCCAUAUAAUUGGUCAACAUAACGUUGAAGGUAGAUUUAAUCAGACUCUGACAUUGAGUUUUAUCUUAUGGAAGUCAAUUGCACAGAUUAUUCUCUGCCUAUCCCUGGAAGGCUAUUUAACGACUUUGUUAGACAGCUUUUCUCAGUCGAACGUUAUUAACCAGACUACAACUAGCAAUCAAACCGGUAAUUCAACCGCCGUUAAAACCCGUCUGAUUUAUGCAGUAUUUCCUAUAUGGACUACAAUGGUUGUAUGUUUAUUAAUAGUGUGCACUCAAAUCGUAAAUCCACGUUUAACUGGAAUUUGGUCAUUUUGUUCAAAUAAUCAACCAUUUGAUGGCCAUCCUGAAAGACGAAAACAACAAAAGACCAACGUUUUAAGGCGUUUUGUAACGAAUUGAAAAGUUGUCGGUUGAUAAUGUUAUGUAUUUGUCACUGUUUAUAUGUGUACUAUUCCUUUGUGAAUAAAAGUGAGAUUUGUUUA